AUGUUAUAAUUAGUACCUAAUUAUCAUGUUGAAAUGCUUAGAAAUAGUCUAAAAUCAAAUCAAUAAAAAUUAUAUGAUGCAAUAGAGGGGUAACAAUUUGAAAACGCACUAUUUAUUUUGGAUCAACUCAAAUCAAGAUCGAAUUGGAUUAGUGGAAUUUACUUAAUUAUGAGCUAAUAUAAAUUGGAUAAAAAUAUCAUAAAUAGAUUCUUGAAAAUAGUAUAAGAAUCAGAUGAAACUGAGAUGGCAGAAUAUGAAUAAUCAGCAUUAACAUAGAUUUGUCAAUAAAUAAUGAAUGUUGAAAUGAUCACACUUUUAUAUAAGUAUAACUAGGAAGGCUGGGUUUAAUUAUCUCCCAAGAUCCAUCUAUAUUUAAGGAAAUCUAUUCACCCAUCAGUACCUCAAAUAUUUAUUAACUACUUUAUUAAAUAAAAUAUAGAAUUAUUAGAAAAACACGAAUAAUCUUAUAUUGAAGACUUUGUAUGGACACUUUAAGAUAUCAGAACUUUUUAUAAUUUGAUGCCAACAAAUAUUAGACAUCCAUAUUAUUAACUAAUUCAAAUUUCCAUUUAUGUGAGAAUGCUUGAUUUAGAAAAUGUUCCUUGUCCAAUAUCCCCUUAAACCAUUCCUAUUCAAUAUCCAACAAAAUUAGAAGAGAUUCUCAAGAAAUUAUUACUUUCCCCACAUAUAGGUUGCUUAGAAUUAUAUGUAUUUUGUUUGAUUCAACUUGGGUUGUUGGGAAUCGUUAUAAAACAUAUGAAAUCAAAUUUAACUUAAGAAUAACUAACCUAAAUAAGAAAAUAGUUUAUGGAAACAGCCCUUAAAUCAGAUUAUAUAGUAGAUGUUGAAGUGUUUAAAUUUUUAGAUGGAGUUUAAUCUAUUGAUUAUGAAAUCAAAUUGAAAGUCUAUAACAAGAACCCACAAUUUUAUGAAAAUAUCGACUCUUUGGGGAUUUUUGAUGAUGAAUCUAUUCUAAAUGGGUUAAUGCAUAACUUCAAGUUUUUAGUGAAUUAACAAGUAUGAAUCAAUAUCUUUAAUUUAGAAAGUUAUUUAAUAGUUAGCUUAAUUUAAUUCUAUAAAUUCACUAAAAGCAAUUUGGAUUUUACAUAUUGAUGGAGCAAUUCCACAAUUAAUAUGCAAUCCUAUUUAAGAAUUUAAAUUAAAAAAUUUCAAAUGUCUUAAUAUUUUUGAUCUAAUUCAAUAUAAAUAUAAUUAUGACCAUUUAAUUGAAGCCUUAAAGGUAACAACAAUAUGUAUAUGGACUGAUAGAGAUAUUAAAUAAGAGGAACUUGAAAAUAAAAAAUUGUUGUCUUAUAUUAAAUAAUGUAUAACACUAGAGAACUGUUAGACAAUUUUUAAACUAUUAUUUAAUAUUUCUAAUGGAGUUUUUGAAGAAAAUUAUGAUAUUUAGUAAAUAUAAAUUUAAGUACCCUAUUUCUUAGAACUAUUGACAAUUUUAGUAUUUGAAUAGAACGUUGAAGUUGCUUAGAAAUAAUAUUAUUUGUAAUAAUUAUUAUUGCUGACAUAAAAUCUUGAGAAUGUACUAGUAAUUAUGAAGUGCUAAUUGGUAGAAAGACUUAUCUUCUUCUUAAGGAUUGAAAGUGUGUAUUAAGAGUUAAUAAUCUAAAUAUUAAUAAAUUGUAUUAAAGUGAGGUUUUCAUUGUCGUUCUUGUAAGCAAUUGCUCAGUUUAUGUCACCAUACUAAUCUUUGAUUAUGAUACCUUAUAUUGAAGAAAAAUAAAAGCUAAAUUAAUAUAGGAAGAUUGCCUCAAUCUUGGGUGUUCCUCUGUCAUCUAUAGAAUGUGGAUCCUAUUAAUAAUAAAUUUAAUUUUAAGAUCAAAUUGCAGAUAAGGAUCUUUUCCUAAAAAAUUCUACUCUCCUAUUAUAUUGUUUAAACAAGGUGAUCUCGAUUUAAAAUGAUCAAUAUUAUUAUUUUACUGGGCAUGACAGUGGCAUAAUAGUAAAAGGAAAAAUGCAAUUUGAAACCCAAAAUAAUAUAUUCUCUAUUAUCUUAUAAUUUAAAGGUUAAUUAAGAUAAUCAACACUCCUGAAUUGGGGAAAUUAAGACAUAAACUUUUCAGUUGUUAUUGAAGAUAAUUAAUUACUUGGUAUUAGAUACAAACAAUAAAAUAUAAUAAAAACAGCUAAGUACACUUUGAAGUAUCAAGAGAAUUUUAUUGUCAUAAAUUUCAAUUAGAACAAAGCAUUUUAAGUAAAUAUCAACGGAAAUGACGUUUUGGCAAGACAAGCAGAUUAAUUUGAUAAUUUUCAAAUUCCUGUUUUAAAUUUCUUUGCUGUUGGUGCAAAACUUACUGAUUAUGAAUCAUUGAGUGAUUCUUUCAGAGGAGAGAUGAGACUACUUUACAUUUUAGACUAAAAUAUAAAUGCUGAGGAUAUGUACAUUUUAGAAAAGAAAUCUUAGAAUAAUUCAAUUUUAUUUUCAUAAUUACUCAGAAUGUAAAUCAAAGGUAGAAUUUUGUUAUACCUAAAUACAUAAUCAUAGAAGUAAGACAUUUAGUUUGAUGGGCUCUUACAUUAGAAUAAUUAAAUAUUCAUUGAGAAUUGUUAAUAUUUGAUGUUUAGAGGAAGAAGAUAGAAGUAAACUACAAUAUCAUAGUUUAUGGGAAAAUUGUUUUAAUAGAGGAAAAGUUCAAAUUCCCUGGAAGUUACCAAUUAGAAUUCAAAAAAUGUCUUAUUUUUAGAAAACACCACUUUGCUUGAUGUUAUGAAAUCUUAUGGAAAUUUAGACAUCCUUUUUUUCCCAUUGCAUAUUUUGAAUUACCCUCAAUGUGUAAUUAGUGUUUUGCAAUUGCUUAACACUAUAAUUCAAAAGUUUGGGGAUGAUAACUCAAUAUAAAACUACUUGAGGUCUGAUUCUUAAUAUAAAGGCAUCAAAGUCUUAGGUUACUUAUUGACCGUACAUAUGAAAACUUAAGGAUGUUCAAUUUAAUUAUUACAGUAGAUUCUCAAUUUCUAUAAUUCUUUGUUAUAAUGUUAAAUAAUUUAAAUACUAAAGUAAGAUUGCAUGUGUAUAUAUCAUGAAUUUGAAUUUUGGUAAUAUUGUUAAUAUGACAUCCUAUUAUAUCUCUAUUCUUAUCUAUUUGAAUAGUUAUAAAAUAACGAAGAGUUAUUCACUUAUUUUAAAGAAUAAGUUCAGAGUUUGUAUUAUAUUUUGUAGGUUUAAUUAAUAACUUAUGAAGACAGAAAAGGAAAUUAAUAAACUUACGCCUAAACUAGAAGGAUGAUAAUAAAAUGCAUUUUGUAUUUAAUGUACAAUCCUUUUUUUUAAAUGUAAUUUAGUAACGAUCAAACCCUGCCCAUUCAAAUGACAAUCAGAGAUAAAAAAAAUACUUCAACUGAAAAAUUAUAAGUUUUAAAAAAUGAAAUUCUACUUUUGUUAAAUCAUCUCACUUUAAGAACUAUUAAUGAUUUAGUGGUUAUAUUGGGAUUUACUGUUAGAAAACCUUAAAAUAAUUUAAUUUUAGAGUUAUUAACAGAUAUUAGAUAAGGAAAUUAAUCAUUGUAAAAGGAGUCAUUGUUAGAUGUGAUGUAGAGUCAAUUCGCCUUAAAGAUGGAGAAUGAUGAUACAAUUUUGUAAAUCAUAUUCAAACUCGUUUAUGGUGUAAUAAUAGAUAUGGUCAAUUAAAAUACAUUAGAUGAUCAAUUAUUAGGUCCAUUAAUGGAGAUUUUAGUAAAAGUUCAAGUUCACUAAAUUAAUUAUGAAUAUAAAUUGUUAGAACUCUAACAAACUAAGAACUCAUAAUAAUAAUAAAAAACUAAAGAAUACAGUGCUAUUAAGUCCUUAUUCAUUAAAAUCAAUUAUAUUUUGUUUGAAAUAACCAGCAAUAUUAUUUGCCAAUAGCAAACAUUUUAGGUUCUAAUUAAUGUAUAAUAUUUAUAGUUAAUUAGAUUAGUUAUCAAGUUUGGUGUUAAAGUAAGAGUUAAAUUUAGAAAAAGAGGUUUUAAACUUGUUAUUAUCUCAUUUUUCAUUUUACAAUCUUGAAACUAAAUAAUUGAUAAUUGAAUUCUUUCUUUAAUCUUAGUCGUAUAAAGUAUUUAUGAAUUAAUUGUGUAAUCAUAAGGAACUCAUGAAUUUCAUUAGAGAAUUGAUAAAUAUAGAGACUGGUUAAACAUUAAUCAAUUAUAUUGUGUUACAUCAUAUUGAUAAUAUUGAUUUCUCUGCCAAGAAAAUCUUGAAAUUAUUUAAUAUGAUACAAUAACAAAAUAAUUAGUUUAUGAAAGUCAUAUUGACCAUUUUAUUGCUGCAAAAUAACACUAGUAAUAAACAGAAUCCAAAAUCAGAAAUUGCAUUGUUAGAUUUAUUUAUGUUACUACCAACUGCUUUAGUAUUAAAUAAGGAGUUGAUUCUGGGCGAUCCCUAAUUGUUUGUUAAGGUAUUUCACGAAUAUGUCACUUAUUUACAGAAAUAAGACAUGUUGUAUUCAUUUUAUCCUGAUACUGAAUUUAUAGGAUAUUAUGAGUAUGACCCAGUUCCAUUUUUUGGUUUUCAACAAACUGAAGUAUCUAAGAAGUACAUAUAUCCUAAUGGAGGUGUGUAAGCUGUAGUCUUAUUCAUUUUAUUUUAUUCAUUAGAACUGUUAAUUUAAAACAAUGAGGCCAAACAGCUAUUGCUUAUUUGGAAGAAAUUGUUAACAAAAAAAUCCAAAUGUCAAUUUCAACAUAAUUCAUAAACUCUUAUAAAUGAUGAAUAGAUUUAAAAUUUAUAAAUGAAAAUAAAGAAAAUCAAAAUCAAAUCAUAAUAAUCAUCAUUUAUGUAAAAAAUUAAACAAUCAGUGUUAGGUGAAUAUUAAUUAACAUAAUAUGAUAAAUAUUUCAAUGAUAUACAUCUAUAUCAUGUCUUAAAAUUCUAAUUGAUAUCUUAAUAAUAUUCAUACUCCGAAGAACUUUAUGAUAUUUUUACAUCUAUAAAGUAUAAAUUUGAUAACUUUUUGAAUUUUCAAUCUCUUUGGUCAAUCAUCGACUCAAUUAAUUUACCAAACUAUGCUGAUCAGUUAUCAACAACAAUUAAUUUAAAAUAAUUAUCGACUCUUACAUCUUUUGAAGAACUAAACAAUAGAGCUUAUUAGAUCAUUACUCAAUUUAAUUUGUAAACCCAAUAGAUAUAAUAGGCAAUUUAAUUAAAUGGUAAAUUAAGUAAUGAUGCUAAGAAGUUUGUGGAUCUUUUAAGUAAAGUAAAUUCACCAUUGAAGUACCUAGAAUUAUUCAAAGAGAAAGAAGAAUUAAUAUAAAAGGCAUGUGUUUAUCUGAAAUCGUAUUCAUUUAGAUAAGUACAAUUUGCUUAAGAAUUAAGUGUUUUGUUAAACAUCUAUUCUUUACAAUAUUCAAAUGUUGAUCAAAUGGACAAUUCUUCAAUAAAUACGAAUAAUCAAUAAUCAGUCCUAUUAUUAUCUACUCAUUAAUCAUAAUUAUAUGACUAUCCCAAGAUUUCUACUAAUCUGCUUAACCAAUAUAGGUCAGAGUUCUUGUAAAUAAUUUAAAAGUUUGAAAUUGAAUUCAUUAUAAAAUAACUAAUAAUAUAGUUCAAAGUUAAAUUACAUUUUAAAUAAAACACUCACAAAAGAGGAUUGUGGUAUUUUAUGAAUUAUGGGGAUGCACAUCUGUAUGAGUAAUUGCAUCAUGAAAAUUUGGAGACAUUUUUGGAAUUCUUAGGAAAAGAAAGAUAUUCAAUAAAUAGUUAUGAAGAUAGCAUGAGGAGGAAAAUGUUUUUGAAGGUGUUUGCUAAAUAAAAAAAAACAUAUGAACAUAUACAACUAAAUAAAACAGCAUAAAGCCUUUUUAGUGAUCUCUAUAGUGCAUAAUAAAGUAUUUAAUAGAAAGAUAAGGUGGGAAACAAUGAAAAUUAAAGGUUUACGGCAGAAUUAAUAACAUAGAGAGGCUUUUAUAGAGGGAAGAUAAGAAUAACUAAUGAAUAUUUUAUGUUUGAAAAUUUUGGCCAAGAUAUCUAAUUUCAAGAAGUUCAAUAUAGGUUUUAAAAGGAUAGUUUAUUGAAGACAGAAAAACAAAAAUUAAUUCCAUUAAGUUUGAUUAAGGAGGUCUUUCCAAGAAGUUAUUUGGCUCAACCUGUAGCCAUCGAACUAUUUACUAACAAUAACAAGACUUAUUUGUUUAAUUUGUUUGGACAAAGACAAACAGUUAUGAAACUUUUAUCGUAGUUUUGCAAUGUAAUUAUGAAUCCAAUAGAAUAAUUUAAAAAGAGUGGGAUAAUAGAGAAAUGGAAAAGGGGAGAUAUUACCAAUUUCUAAUACUUGAUUGAAGUCAAUAAGUAUGGAGGGAGAACCUAUAAUGAUCUGAAUUAAUAUCCUAUCUUCCCAUGGGUUAUCGCAAAUUAUGUAGAUUUUGAUAUUUAAAAUAAAGAUCAUUUUAGAAAACUUGAUAUUCCUAUAGGAGCAAUCAAUUAAAAGAGAUUGGAGAACUUCUUGGAAAGAUUUAAGUAAGCAAAUCCAGAGGAUAUGAACAUGUAUUUUAUUUAUGGAACCCAUUAUUCUCAUAGUGCAAUAGUAAUGAGUUUUCUAAUGAGAAUGGAACCUUUUGCUUCACUUCAUUAGGAGUUGUAAUCUGGCAGAUUUGAUAAAGCAGACAGACUAUUCCAUUCCUUAGAAUCACAAUGGCACUCAGUUACAAAUUCUAGCAGUGAUGUUAAAGAAUUAAUACCUGAGUUUUUCUACUUCAGUGAGUUUUUAAAGAAUAAGAACAAGUUUGAUUUAGGAUAACUCCAAUCAGGGACUGUAGUUAGUGAUGUAACAUUACCUUAAUUCAUUAAUACAAAUAGUCCAGAGGAGAUGAUAUUUUUGAAUAGAUUAGUUUUGGAAAGUGAUCAUGUGAGUUUCAAUUUGCAUCAUUGGAUUGAUUUAAUAUUUGGAUAUAAGAGUGGAAUGAAUGCUUAAAAGUACAAUAAUUUAUAUCAUCGAUUAACUUACAGUAAUUAUGUACAGUAACUACUGGAGAAAACCGAUGAUGAAGUCUUGAAAGAAUAAUAUAUUACUUAAGUGUAUUAUUAUGGAUAAACUCCUCAAUAGUUGUUUAAAAAAGAUCAUCCAGUUAAACAAUAUUCAAAAUCGAAUGAUUAAAAUCCGUUGUUGUAACUGAAAUAAAUUACUUUGAUGAUUAGCAAAUAAAUUAUUGAAAUUGAUCAGCUAAUUUGUAAUGAUAAAUAUUUAGUAUUGAUAACAAAUGAAUAGGAAAUUCAUGUUUUUAAUGUAGAACAUAGAAUAACGAGUUUUAAAAUACCAAAAGAUUAUGGUAACCAAGAAAUUAAACAAUUAAAAUUUAAUCAAGAUAACAUCUUCUUGUUAUUCGAUGACUCUCUUGUAGUUGGUGGAUACAGUGAUAAUUCUGUAAAAGUCUAUUCUCUUAAAGAUCUCAAAUUAACAUGUUCUGUGUUGUUCCAUACUAAAGUUGUUACUAGUUUAGGUAAAAGCUGCACUCAAUUGUUAUGCGGCAGUAGAGAUACAAGAAUAUCAGUUUGGGAAUGGACAUUAUCGCAUCAACCAGAAUUCAUUUUGUAUGGACAUCAAAACGAAGUGACAGCAAUAGAAGUUGAUCAGAUCUUACAAAUCAUUCUGAGUUGUGAUCUCAAAGGUGACAUCCUUAUCCAUACUCUAAAAGGAGCAUUUUUAAAAUUAAUCGAAACAUCAAUAAAUGAAUGGAAUUCAAUCAAAAUUCAUCCCUCAGGGUUUAUUCUGAUUUCUUAAUACAAAAGGAUAAGCAUUUACACUUUAUAAGGAGAACUUUUCAUUUCCAGAGACUUAUUAGAUCAUAUAAUAUCUAUCAAUGUUCUUAAUGAGUAUUCACCUGAAAUAGUAAUAUUUGUAUUAUAUCUAGUUAAUCCUUACUUACGAUGGUAAGAUCUUUAUUACAUCCAUUAUCUAAUUGAAAAGGACUGAUGAUUUUAAUUAGUAUUGUAUCAAAAAAUACAAAUUAGAGGAAAUGGAAAUAAAAAUAGACACAAAUUAAUCGAAAAAAGUGAAAGAAUUAAUUAAUACCAAAAAUUUAGAAUUCAUGAAUUCCCAAGUUUCAUGCAGUUAAUUUAUGCAAGGUAUCAUUCAUUUUUAAUAUAGUAAAUAAUCAAAGAGUUCUUAUUAUUGCUUAUGAAAAUGGGUAAAUAAUAUCUUUAUAUGAAUAACCAAAAACAACUAGUUUAUUAUGA